AUGCAGGAUCAUAAGCCUGCUGUGCUGGGGACUGCAAGACCCGGCAAUAGCCAUGAUUCUAGAUUCCGACGACGUAAACCACUGGCCUGUGAGAUGUGCUACAAAAGGAAGAUCAAGUGCGAAUUCGAUGAUUCCAGCCAAACUUGUACCCAAUGUAUGCGCCGUAACUUGAACUGCAGGGCCCUCCCAGUGAAAGGGAAAAGGGACGGCAGUAAAAGAUCUCGUUAUGUUAAGACUCUAGAAGAGCGCCUGAAAAAGACCGAGUCUUUGCUCAGGUCUGCCGGGAUAUUGAUUGAUACAGCGGAUUUCGGCAAUCUCGGUGACGCUUCAGAGUCCGAAGUUGAAUCUGAUAGUGCUAUGGAGGAUGACAAUGACACUACGGGACUUCGUCAGGAUUUUGGUAGACGCGAUGCUGAAUCAGGAGGUGUACCAUAUCCUCACAAUGUGUCUGCUGUGAAAGACCUGCCCACAUCAUUCGAUUCCGAUACUUCACCUAAAUUAUAUGAGCGCAGGCGCCCGACCACACAGAAAAGUGGGCCACCAGUCUAUAAAGCGGACAGGGGAAACUCGCUGUAUUAUGGACGGUCCACACCCCUUUCAAUCUUGACCCGGGAAGGAGUCGAGUGGAUCAAAAGCAGAUCUGGCGAAGCAAAUUCCCUCAACUCAUUACUCUCAAACUCCAAGUUCGACAGUCCAUGGGCCCACUGGCGGCCCGAUGUAUUCUACGACAUCUUCUCUUCAAAGGUUUUCAAACCAUUACCACCGCGGGCGGAAGUGUUCUCUCUCCUACGGGACUAUUUUGAAACCGUGAACCUAAUCUUCCCUCUAUACCAUGAGGACACAUUCAUGCAACUCGUCGAGUGGCAGUACACCCAGCAGACAUGCGACGAUGCCGCUCGGUGGGCUAGCAUCAACAUCAUCCUCGCCCUAGCCUACGAAUACCGUUUCUCAAAUAGCCAGAAAUCAGAAAAGGAUAGGGAGAAAGCAUGGCUUUAUUACAAGAACGCUCUCUCCGUAUUCCCCGAAUUGGUACUACGACGAACAGACUUGCUUAGCGUGCAAGCCCUCCUGGGCAUGGCACUGUUUCUCCGAGGAAACUCCGGCUCUCAGUCCACAGUACCCAUUGUCACCGCAGCUAUACGAUCUUCGCACCGGAUGGGGCUUCAUCGUGAGAUUUCUAGGCCUCACUUAUCGCGAUGUGAACAACAGCUGAGAAGGAAUGUGUUCUGGAUUGCUUACAUCCUUGAUCAAAGCAUAUCUAUCCGGUUAGGCAACGCGCCGACACAGCACUUCGAUGAUUUUGAUGUUGAGUUUCCUUCUGACGAAACCGUUGACGGGCUCAAGAUGGCGGACGAUAAGGCAUUCUUCCCCCAAAUAUGUCGCAUUGCCGUGCUCAGAAGUCAAAUAUACAGUCAAUGCUAUUCGGCAAGGGCUCUAGAGAAUAAAUCUACAGCCUAUAUCUGCGAAACGAUCCACAAUCUACACAAUGAUCUCCAAGAAUGGAAGAACAACAGCCAGUUCGACUCCUUGUUCAAACAGAGGGGUGCUGGAGAGGACUUUCUGGCCGGCUUUGCUUCGGCGGGACUUUUCUUACUUUAUUACAACUCCUUGAUUAUGAUCCAUCGAUUACCGCUGUUGAUCAAUGUCGUCUACCAGUCGCGCGCGGGUACCAUACCAGAUCCUGAAAUCAGGAUGAUAAUGAACCAGUCGUCUUCCUCGGCUGCGGUUUGCGUCCAAGCGGCGAGGGAUACUCUGAAACUGGUGAAUAACCUGCCGUGGGGGGAUAUCGCAUGGAUAUGGUCUCUAUUAUACUACGUAUUUUUAGCUGUGAUGACAAUAUUCGCCAACAUCCUUCGGAAUAGUCAGCAACCAACUGCCAAAGACGAUCUUCAGUCUCUAAACAUGGCCGCGACGUUCUUCGCUACACUUGUUCCCGCUGAUGGACCAUGUAACUAUGCAAGGUUUAUGACUCGCAUGAGCACGACAUUUGAGCGCAUUGCCCGGGUUGUUUUGGAACGAGAGCAAAAGACAAUCAAACCUGGUCCAGAUACAAAGAGCAAACUCUCCAAACCCGGCGCAGGCCCGCAUCCACCUUCACAACAAUUCUCUACCUCCGCACCCAACAUCCUCUCUACGUCAACUACCACUGUAAACAUACCCAACCUCGAGGGUUUACCUCCAAUAAAUUCAAGCGGCUACGUUGUUCGGGAGAGCCCCACGCCUAGCAGCCCACUCCCUGGGUCUACGAAUACUAACAAGCCAUUAUCCCACAAUCCUCCUCCCUCUAACCCUAUCCGAACACCCAGAGAAGAUCGGGAACACCCGUCAAAUCGAAACAUAAACCACUACCAACCCCAACCGACCUCCUUGCCGGCAUCAACCAUGAACAUGGACAUAAACGCAAAUAUCGACAUGGCCUUCCCGCUCCCGGCUUUGGAAGAAACAACCUUCACUUUCCCGCAGCCAGAGCUAUGGCAGAUCCCGCUCACGGCAGACUGGGAGUUUGGAUUCGGAGGUCACUUUUUGAGCAACAUGUUCGGCCAUCCCGGGAAUAUCAAUCCCAGUGGCAGCGUCGGCGUUACCCAGGGACAGAAUUAUCUUUUCCAAGGCAGUGGUGAUGCAAAUGUUACGGGUCCGACCCCUACUACUGCUGCUACUGUGCCUGAGUCUUCGGUCCCUAUGAUGGGUGGCACAGGGGCAGCGGGGUAUGGAUAUGGGAAUGGGAACGGUAAUGUUGAUCGCGGAGGAGCGUCCAAUACUCACCCCCCGACAAUGUGGAUGGAUAGAAAUUUUGGUGGUCCUGCAUAUUAG